AUGGAGUUUGUCACAGCCCUCAGGGGCACCUUUGACGAGCAGAAGCCUUCGCUCUUCGAGGUUCUUUCUGAGCAACAGCUCAACGCCCUUCUCCCGCCAACCCUCCGCUACCUCCUCACCAUCGCGACCCAUCGACACCCACGAUAUCUUCUUAGAAUACUAAAUUCGUUCGAUGAGAUAUAUGCUGGAGUUAUGCUGCUCGUUGAGCGUCACUACUUGCGCACAAGAGGCGGCUCCUUCACAGAACACUUCUAUGGUCUCAAGCGCGAAAAGGGCCUCCAUGCCGAAGUUCCGCGCGCGAGCAUGUCAUCGCCUGACAUUGUCCGUGAAACCCUAAAACUCACAACUAGAGACGUGUGGAAGAACUUGCUUGUAAUUGUCGGCAUCCCCUACCUGAAGCGAAAGCUGGACGAGAGCUACGAGGUGAAUGCGCCAAGAGCGCUUCUCGGCGCGGCAUACACGCGAAUGCCAGACAACCCAACGCUUCGCGACCGAUUCCUACACUAUUACCGAUGGUUCUUGAGGAACAUAUACCCAAGCGUUAAUGCGGCCUAUUACUUUGCCAUGCUUGCCUUCAACGUAGCGUACCUGUUCGACGGAAGCAAAUAUCACAACCCUCUUCUGUGGCUAAUAGGAACACGUAUACGAAGGAUGUCAGGAGCCGACUACAAGGCGAUCGAAGCCUUGACGCAGACACCCGAGACAGGACACACACCGGGAUGGCGAUCCUUGUUGAACCCCCGCGAAAUGGGCCCUCGCGUUUUGUCAAGCUUGUCGAUUUUGCUACCGACAAGUAUCUUUGCGCUCAAGUUUCUAGAGUGGUGGUACCAGUCAGAUUUCGCAAAGCAACUUUCAAGAAAAGCGACAGAGAGCGUUGAUUUACCCCCGCCCGUGAUAUCGGCAGAUGGCAAGGGAGGGUCCGAGAAGAAGAAGAAAGAGAACAAGGAAGAAUCUAAUGAAGAGGGAGACGCGACCCCUUCAGCCGAGGAUGCACCCAUCGCCACUCCCUCGUUGCUCCCUGUCUACACUGUUCCCUUUCCCAGCAACUCAGCAUUGUGUCCUAUCUGUAUCGAUGAGAUAGUCACUCCAACAGCCUGCCAAACCGGUGUGGUUUAUUGCUAUACGUGUAUCCACAAAUGGAUCGAGGGUCAACAUCAGAAACAGGAGGAUUUUAUGGAGACGCACGAGGGCAAGUGGGAGAGUGGCCAAGGGAGGUGCGCAGUCACAGGAAGAAGGGUUCUUGGCGGAACCGAAGGCCUAAGGCGGAUAAUGGUAUAG